AUGCGCUCCCUCCUGCUCACCAGCGCCUUCUGCCUCCUGGCCGCGGCCGCGGCCCUGGCCGCCGAGGUGAAGAAGCCCGCGGCCGCCGCGGCCCCCGGCACCGCCGAGAAGCUGAGUCCCAAGGCGACCACGCUGGCCGAGCGCAGCGCCGGCCUGGCCUUCAGCCUCUACCACGCCAUGGCCAAGGACCAGGCGGUGGAGAACAUCCUGCUGUCGCCCGUGGUGGUGGCCUCCUCGCUGGGGCUCGUGUCCCUGGGCGGCAAGGCGGCCACGGCGUCGCAGGCCAAGGCGGUGCUGAGCGCCGAGCAGCUGCGGGACGAGGAGAUGCACGCGGGGCUGGGCGAGCUGCUGCGCUCGCUCAGCAACAGCACGGCCCGCAACGUGACCUGGAAGCUGGGCAGCCGCCUGUACGGGCCCAGCUCCGUGAGCUUCGCCGACGACUUCGUGCGCAGCAGCAAGCUGCACUACAACUGCGAGCACUCCAAGAUCAACUUCCGCGACAAGCGCAGCGCCCUGCAGUCCAUCAACGAGUGGGCCGCCCAGACCACCGACGGCAAGCUGCCCGAGGUCACCAAGGAGGUGGAGCGCACGGACGGCGCGCUGCUGGUCAACGCCAUGUUCUUCAAGCCACACUGGGACGAGAGGUUCCACCACAAGAUGGUGGAUAACCGAGGCUUCAUGGUGACCCGUUCCUACACCGUGGGCGUCACGAUGAUGCACCGGACAGGCCUCUACAACUACUAUGACGACGAGAAGGAGAAGCUGCAAAUGGUGGAGAUGCCCCUGGCCCACAAGCUCUCCAGCCUCAUCAUCCUCAUGCCCCACCACGUGGAGCCCCUGGAGCGCCUGGAACAGAUGCUGACCAAAGAGCAGCUGAAGACCUGGAUGGGGAAGAUGCAGAAGAGGGCUGUUGCCAUCUCCCUGCCCAAGGGGGUGGUGGAAGUGACCCAUGACCUUCAGAAGCACCUGGCCGGCCUGGGCCUGACGGAGGCCAUCGACAAGAACAAGGCAGAUCUGUCACGCAUGUCGGGCAAGAAGGACCUGUACCUGGCCAGCGUGUUCCACGCCACCGCCUUCGAGUGGGGCACAGAGGGCAACCCCUUCGACCAGGACAUGUACGGGCGCGAGGAGCUGCGCAGCCCCAAGCUCUUCUAUGCCGACCACCCCUUCAUCUUCCUGGUGCGAGACUCCCAGACCGGCUCCCUGCUGUUCAUUGGGCGCCUGGUGCGGCCCAAGGGGGACAAGAUGCGAGACGAGUUGUAG